UUUAGUAUAGCUGUAGCAGUCGACGCGUGUAGAGAUAUUAUUUAUGUUAGCGCAAAUCUUUUUCGUUAAAAACAGUUUUCGUUGUGUAUGACCAGGAAAACGUGAAUUACGCUCCGAAUAUUAAUUUACUUCGAACACCUCAUAAUUUUUGGUGUAUGUUAUCUAAUUAUCAUUAAAAAAAGUUAACUGACGAAGGCGACGACCGAAUUUUUUUUUAUUUAUUUUAUCUUUGAUUCGUGACAAUAUCGUAACAAGAAUUAAAUACAAAAAAAAAUAUUGUGAAAUAUCGGAACGACUCAAGUAUGAAAAUUAAUAAUUUCUUGGAACAUUAUAACAUGUUGAUAAUUAGACUGGAUGCGAUGUUGGAUAGGAAAAAAAUAAAUUAAUUGCGCUUCCCGUGUGUAUAAUAAUGCUCUGAGUGAAUUUCUUUUAUUCUUCGAGACAUGGUUCUUGUAAUAUAAUUGUUAUUUUCACCGAAUGCUGACUUGGCGUUUCUUUAAAACUAAAUUUUUGUUAUUUGAAAUAAAAGCACUCUCCUCAUCGGUCAUCAAGUGUUUGUUUAUGUUAAAGAAUAUUAUACUUAUAAAUGUAACAUCAUACAUAGUGUUGUUGAUGUAGUGUCUGGUCCAAUGAUAAAAGCGAGUUUGAAUUUUAUUUUAAUGAAAAUAUUAUUUUAGUUCAAAGAAUAUAAAAGCAGAUCAUUUGAACGGUAAUCUAAUAUUUGAAUUGGUGUGAAUUACGAAAGUCGAACUACCGGUCGACUUUUUGAACGAAAUAAAUAAAUUGAAAAUCCACUUAAUCGACAAGAACAAUUUUUAAAAAGAUAGAAGGGAAAAACCCAGGUGAAAUCAAAAAUGUUCGGUAGCAUUGUUAAAGUUUUGGCUGUGAUAUCAUUGCUAAGUGUGGCCGAAGGCAUUGACCAUUGUCAAUCGAAUCAGUUUCACAAAUCGCAAAAUUCCACCAACAUGCAACUAACCAAGGAAGCUGUGAGUCAAGAAUAUGCUGUGAUAGGAGCAUUCAAAAGUUUACAUUGCUGCGCAAAGGGAUAUCGAAGUAUUGAAUGGUUUAAAGAUGGAAAACCGUAUCCGUGGCCAAAUGAUGUGUCGUCGUUGAUAUUGUAUCCCGAAGCCGAGAAUCAGACAAUUUACACACGAUCAGCAUCCUUUGCCGAUGUCGGAAACUAUACGUGUACGCUACGUAAUGACACACACAAAAGCGAACAUCACGUUGCACUUAACGUGCAAGGCAGCGUUCCCGACAAUCCAUUGCCAACAUUCCGACCACAAAAUCAAUUCGUGCCGUUGGAUGAACCGGCGCGUUUGUAUUGCGAGGCAUUUGUCGGAAAGGUGAAACUGCCCGAUGCACGAAGUUCGAUUGCAUGGUUUCAAGUGUUUGAGAAUGCGAAUGAACAGGAGGUGGACGGAGAGCAGAUACCCAUAACGAGGGAAGACGAUCAAAUUAUCGGAGCCUAUCUGAUCAUUCCGCGCAUCAAAACGCACAAUUACGGUCGAUAUCUGUGUCGCGUUGAAAUCGGAAACUCAGCUCAUCGUUUGGACAUGUUCGCUUGGAUAUUCGGUCAGCCGACGGUUGUCGAAAGUGAUUCGGUGCUGGCGCCUUUAUGUUUGGCUUUACUCGCAGCUAUAUUAACGGUUGGCAUUUUAGUUUUAGCAAAGUAUUUGUUGGCCUGGUGCUCAUAUCGGCAAAAGAGAGAACUGAAUCAAUGUCGGGCGCUUGAUACAGAAGCGGCACCGGCUCUACGAGCUAGUAUUAAAGGUUAAAUAUUGAUCUCUUUGUACGACUGAAGACUUAUUGAAAAUAAUGUAAUGUUGCCCAAUGACGGGUGAUUUAAGUGAGAAACAAAAAAAUUAUGAGAAGAAUUUCUAAUUUGCUGGUGCCAAUACGGUUGGAUGUAAAAAAUUUGUUAAUGUGGUAUUUAUUGUAGAAGUGUACUGAGUAAGAUUCCAAGUCAUGCGGUUAGGUUAAGUUAAAUUUAUUGUUGGUUUUGUUUUUUACAUUUCUUGGACGAAAGUUUUUGUUCGGUCAAUGUAAAAGGGGCGGACUGGCCAUAUGGUGAAAUUGAGCAAGCUCGGGCUUGCCUCUGAAUUUUUAGUAAAAAUCCUAUAUAUUAAAAGACUAAAUCUUUCCGUUUGGGCGUCAUAUGUGCCUUUUGAUGGCCAGUCCGACCCUGGCUUGUUUUCCAUAAAAGUAUUUGUAGUUCGCAUUGAGGAUAAUUUGUCGGAAAUUAAAUGGAUUUUUUGAGAUACGCUCCACAAAAACACUGACUAUCAUGCGUUUGAAAACCGUUCCCUCUGUUCCCCCCCCCCUAACAGUGGGUAUUUUCGGAUAUUAUUUAGUGACUGUUUGUAUCAAAUGCCGGCCUAUUCCAUCUGUCAAUGAGACGUUUUAAACGUUAAACGAA